AUGAUUACUAUGCAGGAAAGCGUGAGGAGCACUUCUGCAGCUAACCGGGCUGAUAUUUACUUUUCAAAUCCGCCUUCUAUCGAGGUAAUAACAUACAAUGUCUUUGGCCUGAGAGUCAUAUCGAAGUACAGGCGCGAGCGCUGCCAGGAGAUCGGACACGUCCUUGCUUCCCGUUUUCCCCCAGCAGAUAUCGUAGCUCUCCAAGAAUGCUGGACUCAGGAGGAUUAUCAGUCUAUCCAUUCCCAGACGAAGGAAGUUCUCCCAUACGCGAAGUACUACUUCAGUGGCAUCUUCGGCGGCGGCCUGGCCAUUCUGUCCAGAUGGCCGAUUGAGGAGUCCAGCAUGUUCAGAUAUCCACUCAACGGGCGACCUACCGCAUUCUGGAGAGGGGACUGGUAUGUAGGCAAAGGCGUGGCUUCUGCACGAAUCCGGAUCGGUCCCCAACCGAAAGAUAUCGUGGAGGUCUUCUGCACGCAUUUACAUGCGCCCUACGAAAGCGAACCUCAUGACUCCUACAUCUGUCAUCGAACAGCUCAGGCAUGGGAGAUUGCCAAGCUGAUGCGUGGAGCUGCUGAAAGGGGUCAUCUGGUCUUAGGACUUGGAGACUUUAACAUGCUGCCAUCGUCAUUUGCUCAUCGCUUAAUAGAGGCACAUGCGCCCGUGAAGGAUGCGUGGAGAUUGCUUCAUCCAGAGUCUUCAUUAGGUCCAGUAAAUCACCCAGAAGAGAAGCAGCGAGGGCGAAAAAUGCCCACCGCGGCAUUCAAUCUAUCGGAAAACGGGACUGCGAGUGAUGGCAUCACCAACACGUGGCGAUGGUCGAAGCAAGAGCAACAAAAGCUCUUCAAAGGCCAUAGACCUGCGGUCGACGAUACAUGGCCCGACCCAAAGGCCAAGCGCCUUGAUUACAUUUUCGUCGGUAGCCAGCCUCCACCCGAUACCUUGCACGGGCACAAAUGGGGAGUACUGGAUAUCAAGGUCGGCAUGACGGAGCGCCAUCCGGCCCUUGGCUGUUCUCUGAGCGAUCACUUUUCUGUUGAGGCAACCUUGGGUCGCCGAGAGGCUGAAGAAUCAGCUGCAAGUGAACAACCCAGCGCUACUAAACUUGAUCCGUCCUUUUACGACACCAUACUCUCAAUGAUAUCUACGUACCACACACGUGAGCUGAAGCAACGACGUUGGCGCUUGAGGCACUUUGGUCUAUCUGUCGUCACUUCCCUUAGCUGCCUAAUUGCAAUUUGGUGGUCACCCAGGAAUUUUGUUUCCUUCCUGUUGAUGAUUCUCAGUACAUUCGGACUGGGUGCCGGUAUUGUUGACGGUUUGAUUGGUGGUCUCUUCGUAGGCUCUGAGAUACGGGCUCUCAAGGAGUUUCAGUGGGAGAUCACGAAUGCUAAGGCUACGCGGAGCAAAAGUGGCGAAGGCAAACACUUUCACUCGGAUCAAAACCAAGUCACGAAGGAAGGCUGA